AUGACGCCCAACUCCUUAAUCUCCAAACCUGCUCCUGCUAAAGCAGAGCCGAAGCCAAAAAAGUUAGCGGCAAAGGAUAAAUCUGAAGAAAAGAAAGCCCUAUCAAAGGGGAAAAAGGGGCCUAAAGGAAAACAGACAGAAGAGACAAACCAAGAACAGACAAAGGACAACUUGCCUGCAGAAAAUGGGGAAGCCAAAAGUGAGGAGCCCCCAGCAUCUGAUGCAGCAAUAGAGAAAGAAGCCAAGACUGAGUAAUACUGGGUACCAAGUCUUUAGCGGGUGGCCCUUACACCUUUCUUCUUGUACAAUUCAGAGGAAUAUUUUUAUCAAGUAUUUUGUAAAUGCAAGUUUUUUAGUAGUUCUAGAAAACACAGUUUUUAAAAAGGAGAGAAUCCCAACUCAACCCAUUUUUUUACAUAUUUAGAUAAGUGUAAAUGCUUUUUUUAAGUGGUAAAAUCAUGUACUGGUUGUCUGUUUUCUAUGAAACCAGAAAUUAAUGGCAUAUUACAUUAAGGAGAGAGCAUUGAAGCCGUGAUCAAGCUUCACGUUCCACAGACAGUGAGGGACAGUUUUUCUAUCCUAAUAAAGGAAGCAUAACACAGAUCUGACUUUGGAAUUCGUGAUGAUAUGUUGAGAAUGUCUUAACAUUUUAGUUACUUAUCUGUGGUUGUACCAUCAGUAGAAUUGCUUAUCUAAUAAAACUGCUCCCUAGUGUUGGAUUUCUUGCUGAGUGAUGUUAUAUCUGUGACAAAGUUAUUUUUGGUAGUUGCAGCUUUAUUUUUUCCAACAACUUUGUAGCUGUGAUGCAAAAUACUGGAAACGUUUAUUAUAUCUUUAAAUACUAAGUAGAAGUGUGUUCUUGGCAGAGUAACUUGUUAUGUCAGUGUUCGAGAUACUGGAACUUGACAUCCCAGUUUUAAAGGACAGCCUGUCUACAAAGAUCCAAUGAAAAAUAUUUGAAAUAGGCUUUGGAAAAAAAACACAACAACGUUUUUAGAUUUAAAAAACUAUGUCAAUAAAAAAUAAUUGUAAAAUUGUUCGUAGUGUCUGUGAUCACCAAAAAGAAGCCAAAUAAAUCUUGGUUAUGAAA